GUGUAGGAGGAGGUGGAGGAGGAAGUGCACAACAACGUUGCGGCCCGCACGUCGGACGUCCCCGAUGGUUGCCGUCCGGUAGGCCCUGCCAGGAGGAUGGGGGCCCACGAUGGGGGAGUGCCACUGCUCUAACAUCACUAUCAUGCAGCUGUUCCACGAGCUGAAGCAGCAGUUCCCCGCGCUCCCUGAUCACGUCGUCUCCCAGUGCAUCGCCCAGAACAGCCACGACCGGGAGACAUGCGCGAGAAGCCUGCGGGCCACCCAGGAGUCCCGUCCGUCGCCGGGCGCGUUUCCACCCCCAGCCCCGUGUAUCGGGGUGCAACAGCCGCCGCCACCGCAGCCACAACCGCAGCAGCAGGCGCAGCAGCAGCCACUCGCGUCGCAGCAGCAGCGUUGCUGUACGAUGAACCAAACGGUCGCGAGCAACGUCGGCGUCGGGCGCCCGCAUCGACCGGCGUCGUUGGACAUCGGUAUGACUCGUCGCUACCCCCCCGCAGGUUGCACCCGCACCGCUGCCGCCGUCGCCGUCGCGGCCGCGACGCCGGCGGCGUCGUCCAGCGGUAUCGCCGCCCCCUCGUCCGCCCCGGCCGCCUGCACGUCGCGCGGCUUCUUCGACGACGGUUGCACCGUCAAUAGCAACGGCAACGGCAGCAACGCGCCGCCCGGCUUCGAGCUCAACGUCAACGUCGCCUGCAGCCCCGCGGGCAAUCGCGAUUUUCGAACGGCACCGGCGAUCGGUGCCUGUAAACGAAGCGACCUCGUCGUCGUGCCACGACCUCAUUACGCCGAGCCACUGCUGGCCGCCGGGAAGUCCGAGACGCAGAUCGAUCACACGCGAAGUUACACGUCGGUCAGCUUGACCCUCCGGCCGCCCUCCUCCGAGCCGCAGCCCCCGAUCGAUAUUAGGUCGGAAGGAUCGAGUCUGACUUACUCGACCUCGUCCUUGGACCCGCGUGGCUUCCAAAGCCGCCUGCAGAUCAGCAUCGGUCCUGGAAACGUUGGUAGCGUGGCGGCGGCGAGGAUCAGACCGCCGAUGACUAAGUCAGUCUUACCGCCGCCGUGGAUUCCAAGCCCACUGCGGUCGCCUGAACUUCCGCCAGAACCGCCGAGCCAAUUGCCAAGGCCUACGACGACGAUGAGCGCGCCGACUACACCCUCCAUACCGCCGACGACGAGCAUCGUCCCAGGCUGCAGCCUUCCGACGACGCCGUCCGGGCCCGCGACGAGCAGCGGCGUCGCACCUCUCGCUGCCGCCGCCGCCGCCGCCGUCGUCUCCUCCUCCGUCGGGGACCACGCGGCUUCCGAUCGGAACCGAUCGCCGUUGUGCCAAGUGGAGGAGCAUCAAAAGAAAUUAGUCGCGGAGCAAUUGGCUAGGAAGGAAAGACUCGCUAGGGAACUGAGAGCUGAGAAGGGACGACUCGAAGCGAUGAAGAAGGAGGUGCAGGCAUUGGCCCGACCGGUGGAUCCCUCGGUAUCGCCGCAAGAGCUGACGAGAAAGCUGAGGAGCGAGAUAUACAUGCUGCAAGUCGAGUGCGACAGAUUGGCCGAAGAAGUUGACCAGUGGUCAGACAGACGAGUACCAUUGGGCGAGACCAACGAGGAGUUUUAUCAGGGCAUUUAUACCGGCCAGUCGUUGCCGGCGAGAGUGCUGAAUCUGCACCCGCCGCGCUUACCAAGUCAACCACCGGCAUGGCGGCCGGAGCAGCCGACGACGGUCGCGAGUGAUAACCGGGAGGAACGGGACGAGCCUUCGUGGGUCUGCAACAUGUGCACCUUCGACAAUCAUCCAUUGAUGAAUAAGUGCGAAGAGUGCGACAUGCCGAGACUGUUGAACCGCGGCGGCAGUGCAGGGGAGACGCAAGAUAUUCAUAUAAGAGUAACGCAUCACCACAAUUUCUCGCCGCGACAUAUAGUGCACAGUUGGGUGGUAUGAUGCGAACUGAAUUAGAAGUUUUCAAAGAGCUGUACAUAAAUAUUUAAAAAAAAACUACUAUUUAAAUAAACAAAUUUUGUAGGGGUUAAGCGAUUGCAAUAGAGCAUACGUGACUAAUGUAAUUUAAUUUAAAUUUUUUAUUUACGGUUAAUGCACAUUGCCCGCUUUCUGGCGAUUACAUUUCUGUCUUCUCGAGGCAAUCUCUACGCGUCUACGGAUUUUCAUGUAUCGCAGAAUAAAUAGGCGCAAGCGCAACAAGAGAUACAUUCGAA